UCUCAGUUAGCCAUGGCACAGGUUCCAUCAGAGAGGGAUGAGUGCCCCCCUGAGCAUGCCUCAUUAGGGAGCCUGAAAGAGUUCAUAUCCAAACUACCAACAAGAGAAGGUUGGUCUGGGCCAAUUGUCCUGUACAAGGACUACUGGUUUAGGCCUCAGCUGCUGGAGAACAUCUUGCUUGCACAAAAGAAUUACAACCCUCGCAGCGAAGAUAUUAUCCUUGCGACGCAGCCCAAAAGCGGAACAACCUGGCUCAAGGCUCUGUCCUUCACCAUCAUAAACAGGUCUCACUACGGUUUCAGCGACCACCCUCUCCUGACUCGCCACCCUCAGCAUGUCGUGCCGUUCAUCGAGAUCCCUCUCAAAGGUAAGCACAUUAGCUACGUAGAAUCACUUCCUUCUCCUAGGCUUCUCGCCACACACAUGCCACUGUCUUUUAUACCGGCGGUGUCGAAUCAGCAAAGCUAUCGUGUUGUGUAUAUAUGUCGGGAUCCCAAAGAUGUGUUUGUAUCAAGGUGGUACUUUGAAAACAAGAUAUUCGACGAUGUCAAGCUAGACAUGGGUAACACUUUCGACAUGUUCUGCCAAGGGAUCUCCCCUUAUGGUCCAUUUUGGAGUCACUUCCUUGAGUACUGGAAGGCAAGCAUUGAAACACCAGAGAGAGUGAUGUUCUUGAAGUAUGAAGAUUUGAAGUCAGACCCAGUCCAAGUUGUCAAGAAGCUUGCUCACUUCUUCAGUGUGCCAUUUACCAGAGAGGAAGAAGCUGGUGGUGUUCUUGAACAAGUGGUGAAGUUAUGUGACUUCGAGACACUGGCAAGCCUGAAAGUUAAUCAGAAUGGUGAGACUCGUCAUGACAACAAGAUUCAAAUCGAUAAUUCUGUAUUUUUUAGAAAAGGAACAGUAGGCGACUGGGUAAACCUCAUGAGUGAAGAGAUGGGGGCAAGGUUGGAUCAGAUCGUCCAAGAUAAACUCCAGGGAUCUGGUCUGACCUUCUGAUGAAUGGCCAUGUUCAGCUAGCUGUUCAAACAGUCACUCCAAUGUUAAACUGUUCUGCUAUUCACAUCGUGUUUGUCCAUGCUGGCUGGCAUGCGAUAUGUUUGUUGUGUUGUUGAAUAUUUGGGUUAAUUGUUGGUUCAUGUUGUAAGGAGCUGUCGUGUGUUGCAGUCUGAACAA